AUGUACCAGUAUGAACAGACACCAGUAAGUACCAGCACUUGUAUGUACCAGCAACAGUAUGUUCGUGCACCAGCGUAUACCAGCACCAGCAUGUACCAACACCAUCAACGGCAUUUACCAGUACCAGCACGUACCAUCACCAUUAACAGCAUGUACCAGCACAAGCAUGUAUCAGCACCAGCACCAGUGUGUACCAGCACCAGCAUGUACCAGCACCAGAAGGUACCAUCACCAGCACCAGCAUGUAUCAGCACCAGCAUGUACCAGCACCGGCAUGUACCAGCACCAGCAUGUUCCAGCACCUGCAUGUACCAGCACCAGUAUGAACCAGCCCCAGUAUGUGCCAGCACCAGUAUGUACCAGCACCAGCAUGUACCAGCACCAGCAUGUACUGGCACCAGCACCAGCAUAUACCAGCACCAGCACCAGCAUGUACCAGCCCCACACCAGCAGGUACCAGCACCAGCAUAUACCAGCACCAGCAUGUACCAGCAUGUACCAGCACCAGCACCAGCAUGUACUAGCACCAGCAUGUACCAGCACCAGCAUGUUCCAACACCAGCAUAUACCCAACACCAGCAUGUACCAUCACCAGCAUGUACCAUCACCAGCAUGUACCAGCACCAGCAUGUACCAGCACCAGCAUGUUCCAACACCAGCAUAUACCCAACACCAGCACAAUGCAGUAUAUACUAG